CCGAACGCUCUGACGUGCAUGACGUAAUUGCUUUCAGAAAGAACGCCGUUUUCCGUUUGCUAAGAUGUCGGAUGUGUUACCGACUAUCGAAGUAAUCAUGCGUCGAAUUAGCUAAUCCAGCAUUCAUAGAAGGAGACGGGCCCUCCACCAUGUGCCCCAUCGGAGAAUCCGAACUGAGCCCCUCCCCUCGCAGCCGAUUAGCCGAGCUGAGGGAGGGGGCGUGGGAGGCAGGUGACAGUGGGAGCCCUCCCGAUGUUCCUCCGCCCUGGCUGGACAGGCAGAUGUUCGAUCGAGCUAGACAUCUCUUCAAGAUGUAUUUCUUCAGCAUUUUCUUCAGUCAUCUUUCUGGACUCAUGCUGAUAGUGCAUUUGCCGAGCAUGACAGACACACUCUUAUCAACUGGACAUUCUUCUUCCGUGGUGUCUCUGUUUCGCCGCUAUCUCAGCACUUUGAUACACAUCCGGCACUGGUACGAAGGAGACAUUUGGGAUGUUGAUGAUCCCGCCCAUCAAAGCAUCACCCAUGUCAGAGCAAUGCACCGGAGAGUUGCCGAUCGCCUCAACGAUGGCAACCAAUCGGAAUCUCAACCCGAGGCCACGCCUGAAAAUGAUAGUCCCCGCCCCAUACUUUCCGUCAUUGAUAAGCCACGCCCAAACACACCCAAAAACAGCGUACUUAAGGACAGAGUGGCCAUUUCACAGUACGACAUGGCCUUGACGCAGUUUGCCUUCGUAGGACUCGUGAUCAUGAACCCAAAACACGUCGGACUACCUCUCAAUCGAGACGACUUGAAAUGCCUGGUCCACUUCUGGCGUGCUAUUGGUUAUAUGCUCGGAGUAGAGGACAGGUACAACCUUUGUAACGAAGGACUGGACGAAGCCAUAAACACUUGCAAGGACAUCCUGGAAUGUGAUCUUAAACCUUCCUUAUCGAAUACUUCCAAGGAUUCUUCCGUUAUGAGCAAGGGAAUAAUCCAAGCCAUGAAUUCGUUCAUCAUCUUCCUCAGUUGGGAAGCCAUGGCGCGUUUCUGGUACGAGAAGUUCAACCUCAAGGUUGGUUUUCCCAUGGGUGCCUACGAAAAGGUAGGCUACUGGCUCAUGAGAUUUACUUUCGGGUGGUUGCUGCGGUGGCAGUUGUUUCAUUCUUUCUUCAACUUUUUGUUGAGGAUCGCCGUGCGACAAGCUCUAAAUCGAAAAGAGUAUUUUGAAGGAUGGUUAAUACGUCGCUAUAAGCUGGACAACAUGUGAGUAGUUCGACGUCAGUUACAUCCGGGCCCGGAUCUGCGUACCCGCAGUGCGGUGGGGGGGGGGGGGGUGGCGAAGUCCUUAAGAGAACCCAACUACCUAAAAAUUUUUAAAAAAUUGGCACUUAGACUUAUUAACGUUACAAAUAUACCCUGAUGGACUCUGUGUCCAACGAUUGGGGACCUACAGAUUUUGUUGCAGGGGGGCCCAAAAUUUAUAGAUCCGGGCCUGGUUACAUCGUAUGUGAAUUCAUCGCAACAUUGAUUCUACAUAACAAAUUCAUCCUAUUUCAUUUCAUUGCUAUACAAAUUCAACGUAUUUUGUGUGUUAACAACAUUUUUAAAAAAAUGUAUGUAUAUAUCUAUAUAUAUAUUUGUACUUUUAAAGAUACUAUUAAA